AUGGAGCUGAACCAGACCCCCCCACCUCCCACACCACCUGUGACACCAGCCACCGAUGGAGAAGACCUGUGCAGUUUAGAGGUCACCGACGUGGCCAUAGACGGUGUCACGCUGCUCAUCUGCCUCUGCGGGCUGGUGGGGAACGGGGCCGUCCUCUGGCUCCUUGGCUUCCGCAUCCGCAGGAACCCCAUCACCGUCUACAUCCUCAACCUGGCCGUCGCCGACUUCACCUUCCUCCUCUUCAUGGUCACCUCAUCAAUUCUCUACAUGAUAGAGAGCAUCUCCUGCUCCAGUGCUGUGUCCCUGAGGUACAUGAGGUCGCUUUUCCUGCUCUCGCUGUUCUCCUACAACAUGGGCCUGUACCUUCUGACGGCCAUCAGCAUCGAGAGGUGCGUGUCCAUCCUCUGCCCACUCUGGUACCGCUGCCGCCGCCCCCAACGCUUGUCGGCCGUGGUGUGUGCCCUGCUCUGGGCCCUCUCCAUCACUGUCAUUGCUGCAGUGACUUCUCUGUGCCUGUUGCACGAGCAGGAGCACUGCCGGAUGGCUCUCAUCUCCAUGUACGUCCUCAACUUCCUCAUCUUUGCACCACCCAUGGUCAUUUCCAAUGUGAUCCUGUUCAUUAAAGUCCAGUGUGGCUCCAAGCAACGCCAACCCAAACGGCUCUUCAUCGUUAUCUUCCUCACCAUUCUCUUCUUUCUCAUCUUUGCGGUUCCCCUCAGCAUCUGGAAUUUCCUGCAGCAGUUUGGCUACUUCUAUGUGCCCUCCCAGGUUGUUUUCCUGCUCGCCUGCAUCAACAGCAGCAUCAACCCCUUCAUCUACUUCUUGGUGGGGAGCUGCCAGAGGCACUGCUCCUUCGUGUCCCUCCAGGUCGCCUUCCGGAGGGUCUUUGAAGAGACGGGGGUCACCACGAUCCCAAGCUAA